AUGACUCCCGAAUGCUUCUGGCGGCGGGCUGGUAGCAGCAGCCGGUUAUACUGGGCGACAGCGUGUCUUGCGAUUCUCUUAUGUGGCCCUGCUGUUGGGCGAUGCUUUAUAGUUCCUCCUCGCAACCUGAAGAGUUUCUCUGGGGACUAUCCUUUCCUUUUAUCUGGUAGGGGUUCGUGCUCUGCGCAUCCUGUGGUCGGGAGACAACGGCAUGACUGGCCUAACGUCGCGCAGCACCAGUCCCUCUCCGCAGCUAUUCACAGGGCGAGGUCUUCGCGACUUCCGGAACGUAAAUAUCGUUCUUGCGGGCUUACGCUGCUACACGCAACUGUGGAUCCCAAUUUCUGGGCGGAUGGAGGUGAUUCGACCAGCCUCUGGGGCGACACCACGCAGGAUAGCGAGCCGCUCGAAGCGACGGAGCUGCAGGCGAAGAAGAGGGAUUAUUCAUGGGGAACUCGGAAAAGGUCCUACGCUAGGGUUCGACUUCCCCCCGGAACGGGGAAGCUGACAAUCAACGACAGAGAUGCAGCCGACUACCUCCAGGACAAUCCUUGGUGGAUUCAUAACUGCGUCGCGCCGCUUAUGGAAUUGCAAAUGGAGAGCCAGUUUGACAUCAUUGCACAAGCUCAUGGGGGAGGCCUAGGUGGGCAGUCCGGCGCAAUCAUGCUUGCGGUCGCCCGAGAGAUAGUCCGGCAACGACCAGAGCUGCGUUCGCCACUAAGGCGUGCAGGAUUCUUGACGGUUGACGCAAGGAAGGUCGAGAGGAAGAAGUUCGGGCUUCGCAAAGCCAGGAAGAAGGAGCAAUACAGCAAACGGUGA